GUAUAUGUGUAAUUUCCAGUAUGGCGUUGGCGUAAAUGUAGAUCACAUUUGAUCAUUCAACUACACCUCUCAUUUCUGGAUCAAAAUUGGCUAAUUUGAUUCAUCACUUCUUAGAAAUAAAAAUAUUUAUAAACAAUUGAUUACAAUCAAUUAAACAGAUUUUAAAAUUGACAAUAUUUAAUAACUUUGACUAAUAAUAAAUUUUAAUAAUGGCACAAGAUGAAUACACAAGAGAGCCUUGUCCAUGGCGUGUUGUUGAGGAUUGUGGUGGUGCAUUUUCAAUGGGUCUCAUAGGUGGUAGUAUAUUUCAAGGUAUCAAAGGUUUUCGUAAUGCACCAAGUGGCUUAAAUAAACGUUUUAUUGGAAGUAUAACAGCAAUUAAAACACGUUCACCAAUGCUUGCUGGUAGUUUUGCUGUUUGGGGUGCUAUGUUUUCAUCAGUUGAUUGUACAAUUAUACAUAUACGUCAAAAAGAAGAUCCAUGGAAUUCAAUAAUGAGUGCUGCAAUAACUGGUGGUGUAUUAGCAGCAAGAAAUGGUGUUGGUGCAAUGGCUAUGAGUGCUAUUUUUGGUGGUGUAUUACUUGGACUUAUGGAAGUUGCAGGUAUAUUUAUGACUCGUGCUGGUGCUGAACAAUAUAAACCACAACCAAUUGAUUUUGGACAACAACCACCAGAAGGAUAUAAACAAUAAAAUUUUAUAUUAGAUAUAUACCUAUAUUUAAACAAUUCACAAAUCGUGUUGUAAGUUUUAAAAAUAAAUAUAUAAAAAUAUAUUUACAA